AUGGCAGAGGUACGAAUAGAACUCAUCACAUCGACCACCGACGUCCCCGCAUGCGCGCGACUGUGCGUCACCGCUGUGAGCUCAGACCCUUUUCAUACAUUCCUAGAUCGUUACGGGAGCGAAUCCUUUUACGACAGCACAGUGACGAGAUUGAUGGAUGCCAUUAACCCAGACAAUACAACCGACUUCGCCUUCAAGGCCGUCUGCGAUAUAACGGAUGACAAUGGGGGCAUUCGUGAAGAGAUUGUUGGUGUCUCUCAUUGGUACAUCGGGUAUAUCAAGAUACCAAAGAUGGACCCUUUUGCCAACAAAGUGGUGGGGGAGCCCAAUGAGAUUGGACCUGAAGAGGUUGCCAUUGGUGAUGAGACAGGGACCUUGGACACUGGCAAUCAAUCUUCUCAAGUCAUCGACACUGUAAAAAAAGCCAAAGUAAUGGAUGAAUUCCAUCGCACACACGGAAACAUUUACAUAAGUAAAAUCCGGGGCAAGAAGCAUGUCUGUAAGUCGCUCCCUUGA